AUGGGUACGACCCUGCCGCAUUACGCUGGGCAGGACUUCCUCCACACCGACGGAUCGCCGACCCCCCCUCAGUCUCGAGCUCAAAACAAGAAGCUCGACACUGGCUCCACCCAUGACCAAAGCCGCACUUUGGCUCGUCAAGGACCCCAUCGCACCUUCCGACCCAAACCCCCUCGCACUCCUGUCUCGCCCAGGCCUUCGUCCAGUCGACUCCCUUGUCGGUCUCCAAAUGGACCCUACGUUCGCCCCUCCAUCAGUCCUCGAUCGUCGGCGUCAAGAUCUAAGGACCCGAAACUGAUCACGCCUUCCGGCACUCCACCCAACAAGCCUAUCGAGCAAGAGCGUCACAAUGCGUCUUUCCUUGGCCGAGACCGACUCUGCCUCCUCGCACAGCAACAGAGGUUCGUCGAGUUAGAGCUUAUCAUGAAGGAGGAUCUGGCGAGACGUCAGAAUUACGAUACGGCGACAAUUCAGAGGCAAUACUCCUCCAACCUUCAGAACUGUUUGAGAACUUUGGUGUCGGAGGAAGCCGUGCAGCACUAUAAGCUCAGUAGGCACUCAGGCAAGUGGACCCCAGCAGCGUCCGCCACACACCAAGGCGGGCGUCGAUCAGCAACCUCCGCCGGACGCAAGAGCCGGCCGGGGAUCAGCAACCUCCCUCAGCCACCAGAGCUGGGCGAGGCGACCAGCAACCUCCGCCGGACGCAAGAGCCGGCCGGGGAUCAGCAACCUCCGUCGGACUACUGCGUAUGUCUGGCAAGGCGCCCUCUGUCAGUCUUGUAUCGAUAUCACUUGUCCCGCCCCGAGAAGAAGGCUAUUCAGGGAGCGCAGAGUUCGGAGGCGACGGUGCAGGAUGAGGCGAUGGAAACGAGCGAGGAAGUAGAGGACGCGAGAUCAUCAUCAGCCGAGAAUAGUUUGGAUCCAAAUGGUUCUGCUGCUAUUGCUGAGGACGUUCCACCGAAGAAGGAAGGCUUCGUUUCAUGCGUGAUGCCGCCACGUCUUGGUCGCCAUUCGGUCAGUCCCGAACAGCGCGGAAGUAUUUAUACAAGGACACUGGCGCUGUUGAAGACGGUUGCGCAAGAGCACGUCCGUCUGUUCGUGUCUUGUACGACUCGACGGUGGGUUGCGCAGAACGAGUUCAAAGUUCAGGCGGACAACCUCGCAACCUGGGAGAUGGGGCACUACAUCAAAGGAAUAAAGAAGCAUUUGGCCGAUAUGAAGGUUUGCCAGAAAAACAAGCUGUAUAACAAGAACGCCGACCUGGUUGCGGCAGCCGUCCUCAUUUUGCGGCACGACGGAGCGCAUGACUCUAAGUUGGAUGAUCUCGAUAUUUUCGGGAGAAUCUCAUUUGCCAGAGAGUUUGUUUACAUUUUUGGCAAAGGUGGCCUUCAUGCGCAUCCCAAAUCCGAUGAGUGGAACGAGCAGAUGGACUCCAGUUGUCAAGGAAUACUUGAUAUCAUCACUGCCGCUCACGGACCACCAGCACCGUUGCCUGUGGGACCCUCAUCGGUUGUGCCCGGCGAUGUUGCCAAACGUCGGCGACACUUAAUUUCCUCCCUGCGGCGUCAGAAUCUCCUCGCCUUGGACGAGUUCACGAGACUGGCACUCCUUGUGAGAAUUCCAUUCCCACAGAUGGAGGAUGCGUUCUCGUUCUAUAACGACUUGUCGGAUGAAGACCCGGAGAGGCUGCACAGGCUCGCCGAGCUCCUACGCGCUGUGGACCAGAACACGCGUCCCACACCUGGACCUUCAGGGAGUGCGAGUUCGCGUCAUGGUGCACAAGUCGUUAAGACGGAGAUUUGA